GAGGUUUUUGGUGCUGUCAAAACAUUUGACAAUUUGAGAACUUAAGUGGAUUUUGAUACUCUAUCAGUAAUAUUUUCAUCCUACACAAGUUUGACCUUAGAUCGAUUGCAGACAAUUCAAUCAAGUUAGAAAUUGGCGUAUAAACGUUCUAUCGUUGUAAUUGUUCCGGCAGAAGGUACAAUAAGAGGUUUCGGAACAGAAAAGUGAAUUCAGUUUUUUCUUCUGUUCGCUCGAGUUUAUGUUCUAGCUAGUGUAUCAGAAUUAGUUGAAUAGUAAACCGGAAACGGAGAAUGGCUGCUGAAAUUAAGCCAGCGCCGCGUAGUGCGAAUGACCGCUUUAGUACCACUAAAAAACCGGAACUGCUGAACAAACUAGAAGGUUGUAAUGAUGACGUGAACGCAGCGUUGCUAAUUCCCGGAGAGGAAGGUGUUAUCAGUGUCUGUGAUGACAAAACGAUUCGAGUAUGGUUGAGACGUGACUCGGGUCAGUACUGGCCAUCGAUCUGUCAAUACAUGCCAUCAGGAUGUACCUCUUUGUUUUACACCCCGGAAACGAGGACGUUAUUCAUUGGUCAGGAAAAUGGAACGAUUUCGCAAUUUACAUUGUCUGACGAUUGCAACAGAUUGACACCAAUUAGAGAGUACCUUGCGCACCAAGCCCGUAUUACGAAUGUCAUUUUUGCUAAACAUACGGGAUGGAUUAUGUCUGCUGGCAGGGACAAAUUUUUCGCUUAUCACAGUACCGAAACCGGAGAGCGUAUUGGAUGCUUCACAUUCGAGGCAAUGUGUACUGCGAUGCAAUACGAUGCUCUUUCUAAGUACGUAUUCGUAGGCGACUACAGUGGCCAAAUUACGAUGCUUAAGCUAAGUUCUACCGGUGCCACAGUAGUGACCACCAUGAAAGGACACGCAGGGUCAGUGCGUGCGUUGUAUUGGGCUGAAGGACCGCAGUUGUUGUUCAGUGGUUCAUAUGACCAAACUGUUAUUGUAUGGGAUGUCGGUGGUAAACGAGGAACCACCUACGAGCUGCACGGUCACAACAAUAAAGUGUCCUCGUUGACGUAUGCGUGUAACACACAGCAGUUGAUUUCGGCUGGGGAAGAUUCAGUGAUCGUGUUCUGGGAGAUGAAUGCCAUGCGGAAAGUUGCUCCAGAAUGGGUCGAGUCUGACACAUGCCAACUGUGCACCAGAGCUUUCUUCUGGAACCUGCGGGCGAUGAUCGAUCAGAAGCAGAUCGGUAUCCGACAGCAUCACUGUCGCUACUGCGGCAAAGCGGUGUGCGACAAGUGUUCGACCAAUCGCAUCAACAUUCCUAUCAUGGGGUUCGAGUUUGAUGUGCGUGUGUGCGAAGGAUGUUUCCAGCGGUUGAAGAGCGAAGAGAGACCAUCGCUAGCAACCUUUCACGACUCCAAGCACAGCAUCGUGGCCAUGGAUUUGGACGAGCCUCGUAAAAGAUUACUGACGGUGGGCCAGGAUCGUAUUAUUAAAAUAUGGGACUUAUCUUCGAUUUGGCCCUAAAUCAUAAUUCGUUAUCUUCCAGGCAUGUGAUGUGAGUUUUACAGAAAAAUUUUUAUCACUGUUCAAUUUUUCUUAAAGACAUAAAUCACUGUACUAUUUACACUCUUAUCAGCCGUUCUCGAAACGCAUGGUUGCGUUGUGCUAUACUCGGUAAAUAACAAUAGUCGCAUUUCGAGUAAGGCAUACAAAGUUGUGUACGAAUAUUCGAGUGUAGCAUAAACUAGUUACAAACUUUUUACAAACCGAGCCGGCGGGGAUGAUUUGAUUGAUGUUACGAAUAACAAAAUAACGUACCAGAUUUACUACAACAUAUGGAAAUAAAUACAACAGCAAAAACUCUCAUACUAUGCGCGGUCGAUGGGAGAAACUUCUUUGUUAAGUGUAAACAUAAACAAUAAACUCUGAUGAUAGUAAAUGAUAAGGCGCCGUAACUAGUGGAUAUUUAUAUGUUUAGCUUCUACAAUCUUAUUCUAUUCGCGGACUUAACGCGGUUAAGUUUAUUAUUGGAAUUGUAUUCAACGUUAUAUUUUGAAAAAUUUAUAAGACAUCAGGUAUUUGCGUUUAAAUUUCAAAUUAAUAUAUAUCAAGGUCUUGCAUCAAAACAUUCGUAAACGAAUCGAGCGGCAGUUUUUCGUUUCGUUAUCGCGAUUGUCAACAAUCUUGACAAGUUUGGUGCUUUUGAUGUUCAUUACUAAAAGGAGAUUAUGGGAAACAUCUUGAAAUGAAUACUUAGUGAAAUAUAAAAUAAACGUGGAACGAUUAUAAAACAAACAAAAUUAUGAUACAAACGGACCUAGAAAGGUGUAUGGAAACUCCGUAUCCAUACACAGAAGACGCAUGUAUAAUAACGAAAUGUAUGUAUAUUGAUAGCUUAAAGAAAAAUAAAAACAAAAAUAUAUCAUCAUAA